AUGGCAGAUACAAAGGUCAAGGUCAAUGGCCAUACUAAUGGCAAUGGCACGGCUGACAAAACACCCACCAAGAACACCAAACUGUGGCAACUCCUCGCUUUAGCGAAAGAAGUAUCUAAAGAUGUCGGCUCAAUUGAAGACUUUGAGAAAUCGUCUGAGGAGCGUAAAGCUCUAGAGCAAGAACUCGAAGCCAAACAGGGCGAGAACAAGCGCCUUCGGGAAUUCAACGACAAGGUUGUGCGAGAGUUCUCAGACCAUAAAGCACAAGCCAACGCAAAGACAGAAACACUCUUUGCAGAGUUUGAACAGAAGUACAAAACUUAUGAGUCUAACAAAGCAGCUGUUGAAGCCAUGGAGAAGGAAGUUAAAGAAGCGAGGGAGAAGCUCGCUGCUGCAGAGGUGAAGGAGAGAGAGGUUGAGAAUUUGAAGCAGAAUUUGGCGGCUGCGGAGGCGCAUUUGGCGAGUCACGCUUCUGAGAUUAGAGAGAUGAAUGCGGAGUGUGAACUGCAGAAAUCGCAGAUGGAAGCUAAUAUCGAGGAGUUGAAGGGGUGCAAGGAAAAGUUGACGCAGGCGCAGAGUGAUCUUGGAGAAGGGAUUCUGCGCGACUUUGGGACUGAGGAGGUCAAGAAAUUGCGAUCUGAUCUCCAGGAGUUGUCGAAGAAGGUUCAUGACUUUGUCAAUGAGUAUUUCAAUGAUCACGAUGGCGCACAUGACUCUGCGAGUGAGAUCCAGGAACUUCACGCCCGCUUCCCCAAGAUCCCACUCUCGACUCGCAUCACCAAAGCGAGUGCCAAGAUGCGCUGUGCUGUCGCUGAUGCUGUCAUCGCGGAAACACUCUUCUCCUACGUCUUUGUCCCGUUCUAUGUCGCCAGCGACAUGAGGGCCAGCGCAUCAAGUAUGCUGGGCUUCUUCAAAGGCGAUGAGCGACGGGAAACAGUGUAUCGCUCUCAGAUUCUCGGGUCACUCUCUGACGCUGAGCAAACUGAGACGGUUCAAGAGGACAUUGUGCGCAAAGCGAGCAACGAGGUGCGAAGUACACUGCAUCCGCUUGUCGUGGCGUACAAACAGACUGGUUUUUAUAAUGCUGUCCCGACACUAUUCAGACAGGCUGUUGCACUUUGGGCUGAUGCUCAGCGCUCUCGCGAUAUGAUCACCGCAGAGAUGCCUGAUGAGGAAGAUUCUCGAGGUGCGCGUAAAUAUGAUGACUACGAUGUCGGAAAUGCGCGCAAGACGAAGGGAAGUCCCAAGCCAGCGGCCCUUGCGAUUCUGUUUCCGCAGUUCGUCUGCCGUGACGAAGUCAUCGCUGAAGGCGUUGUGCUCAGAUCUGAUCAGGCUGCUGUUGUUGAGGCGCUUGAAGAGGCACAGAGCAACGGCGGUGCAAACGGUGAUGCGAAAAAGAAGCCCGGAACGCGAAGGAGGUCUUCUGCUGAGCCUAAGUCUCCCCUCCGCAAGUGA